CUCCAAGCUCGAGGGCACGGUAGCUGGAUGCAUCGAAUGGACCAAAAUUGAGCCCAUCAUGCGCCCCGUUUCGCGGGAAAAUUUGGAUUUCUUGCUUGAGGCUGAAGAAGUCAAAACCCAAGAAUCUGGUGUUGUUCUUGUUAAUAACAACGAUCUGGGUACAUUAAUGGUUACAAAUUUUCGCCUCCUAUUCGUGAGCGAGAAAACAACAAAAGUUAUUGCCCUUGGAACAAUACCACUUGCAACAAUCGAGAAGUUUACCAAGAUAGCUGUGAAGACUCAAUCAGCUCCUCGUCAGUUGGACAAAACACCAUCACAAAGGUUGCUCCAAGUCAUUGGAAAGGAUAUGAGAAUUAUUGUUUUUGGUUUCAGACCUCGUACAAAACAGAGACGUGCAAUAUUUGAAGCAUUACUGGGAUUGACAAAACCUGCAAGACUUUGGGAUCUCUAUGCUUUUGUAUCAGGGCCUUCUAGAUCAAGCAACUCAAACCCAAAAGUUCGCUUACUGGAUGAGUAUUUUCGACUUCUUGGGAAAGGAUCUUAUAAUGGAUCAAUCAAUAUGAUUAGAAGUGGGUCCUUCACCUUGUCGAAUGCCUAUUGGAGAAUAAGUAGUGUGAAUUCCAACUAUACUAUGUGUCAGACUUAUCCAUUUGCAUUGAUUAUUCCAAAGAGCGUUAGUGAUGAUGAAGUGCUUCAGGCUUCCACCUUUCGGGCAAGAUGUCGGCUGCCUGUAGUUUCGUGGUGUGAUCCUGGUUCUGGUGCAGUCCUUGCCCGAUCAUCCCAACCCUUGGUUGGUCUCAUGAUGAAUAUGAGAAGCAACAUGGAUGAAAAGCUCGUAGCUGCACUUUGCAACAAACUGGAUGAUGGUUCACGGAGGAAGCUAUAUAUUGCUGACGCAAGACCAAGGAAAAAUGCAUUAGCUAAUGGGGCCAUGGGAGGUGGUUCAGAGUCAUCAUCAAAUUACUUUCAAUCUGAAAUAGUCUUUUUUGGGAUAGACAACAUCCAUGCAAUGAGAGAUAGCUUUGCUAGACUUAGAGAGUACUUGGAUACUUAUGGAAGAGCAUCCUCAGACGGAAUGUCAUCUUUUUUGAGGAAUGGUGGGUGGACAUGGGGUGGAGGAUUACUAAGUAGUAUGUCUGCUUCAGUAUCAACACUUGGGGACAGUGGAUGGUUACUGCACGUUCAAAAUGUCUUGGCUGGUGCAGCUUGGAUUGCUGCUCGUGUUGCUAUUGAGGAGGCUUCUGUGCUUGUACAUUGCAGUGAUGGAUGGGAUAGAACAACUCAGUUGGUUUCACUUGCUAGUUUGUUGCUUGAUCCAUACUAUCGGACAUUCAAAGGGUUUCAGGCACUUGUUGAAAAAGACUGGUUAGCAUUUGGUCAUCCAUUCUCAGAUCGUGUCGGCAUGCCAUCAUUCACUGGAAGCGGCAACACAGCUUCUGAGUUGUCUUGGCAGUCUUGUGGAAAUCACCCAUCAUCACCCAUGCAUCAAUCAUCAGGAGCAUUCAGUUCCCAACCUACAACCUCUCAUGCACAAACUUCAAGCAACUACUCUCCAAUUUUUCUGCAGUGGGUGGAUUGUGUUUCACAAUUGCUGCGGACAUAUCCUUUUGCUUUUGAGUUCUCCUCAGCCUUCCUGGUGGACUUCUUAGACUGUGUGCUUUCUUGCCGCUUUGGAAACUUCUUAUGUAACAGUGAGAAGGAGAGGCAGCAGUUGAAUGUCUUUGAAGCCUGUGGAUGUUUGUGGACAUACCUAGCUGAGUUGCGUGCUUCAGAGAGUGGUUCUCAUGUGCAUUAUAACCUCUUUUAUGAACCGUCAAAGCAUAACGGUGUUCUUCUUCCUCCAGCAGCAGCUUUGGCCCCAACUUUGUGGCCCCAAUUCCAUCUCCGUUGGGUUUGUCCUGAAGAAUCACAGGCCGGGGAGAUUGAAGUAGAAUGUAGGAGGAUGGCUCUAAAUUUCUCUGAGAUGAGGAAGGCUAAAGAAGUGGCAGAGAGGAAAGCCAAAGAAAUUGCGAAUGCCAUGGAAUCACUGAAAGUAGAGCUCAGAAGCGAGAAGCAACAAAGAAUAUCAGCAACGAAUGUAGCCAAGAUGAAAAACAAAGAAAAUGUGGUGAUGAAGAGGGCAAUUCAGUCAAUUGGAUGCAAGGUUUGCUUCUCCAGCAGUGAUGACAAUACUAUUGAUAUUGAAAUCAGCCCAGCUGAAGCAGCACAAAACUUGAAGUAUUCUCUAACCGGAAUGGAAUUUGAUGAUAAAAAGGAUUUAUCUGCUUCAGUAACAAUUACAGAAGAUGUCAAUGAUCCAAGCAAUGCUAUUAGUCAAGUAUGUGAAACUCUAUGCCCAUUUCGUACUCAAGAUGGACGCUGCCGGUGGCCCAAUGCUGCUUGUGCACAACGUGUCAGCCAGUUUGUUGGUCUAAAGGCAAACUUUGAUGCUCUAGAUCAACUCUUAAUUGAUGAUGAUUAUUUCAAGCCUGAGUGAUCAGGGAAUUCAGGUCCAAAAAGUAUCAAGUUUUUGCUUUUUCUGUACUUUACCGUAGUCAAGAGUUCUAUUUGAAAUUCCAGAUCACAAAUGGGGACAGCAAGAUUUGGCUUUCUGUACCAGGUCCCGGGAAUUGUACAGACUAGAGUUAAAAUCAUGUCAGUACAGACAUGUCUAGGAAGCUUGGGAAGAUCAAUUGAUCAUCGAGGCAGCCGUAUGAGUAAUUAGUUAAUAUUGAAUACAGGCGUAGCAGGUGGUAGAAGCUGAAGCCUAUUGUUGUAUAGGUAAUUAGCUCAAGCUCUGGGCACAGAUAAAUCAGUGUAUAUAGCAAGAAUGUCGUGAACUGGUGUAUGUUAAAGCAGCUAUUCAUUUGUGUUAUAAAAAGAAGAGGGGGUAAAGGAACUUACUCGGUUUGGAUUCAGAUUGGGUUACAGCUACUCUUGGGUUAUCUGCUAGAACCUAAGCCUAGAUUGGCACAACAGGUGCACCACAAGAAAAGAAUGGGCGAGUUGGUAGGAAAAUUUUAUGGUUGGGUCAGUUACUACUAAUAGAGUUCCUUUAUAUAGACAUAGAUAUGGAUAUUUUGGGAAGACAAAACAUCCAUGUUUUAUGCAUUUAAGGUGUGUCAUGCUAUCAGUUAGUUGAUUUAUCAUGAUCUCUAUUAUCCCCUGAUGAGAUCAUGAUCUCAAUGAAUGAGAUGGUAUACGGUAUAUAUUUACAAUAUGGAAUAAAUACUGAUUUAGUUUGUAGAUAUGAUUAUAUUUAAUCACAAUGAAAAUAAUUCAU